AUGAACCUUAUGCCAGUGCUGACCCUCCUGGGAGUCACCACUCUGUUACCCUGUAUAUCAGCUCUGAGCUGUCAAAGGGCCAUAAUCGAGGCUGUGCGGAAUGCCUCGCAGCUGCCCCUUGAGUGGAAAACCGGUGAGAGAACCUGUGAGGUCGGUGAGGGUUGCCAAGACCUGGUGAUGCUCCUGGAGAAUGGACCCCGAAUAAACUUGCUGAUCAUCAAGGACUGCGUUCAGGCUGAGGACCAGGAGCCCCGGGUUACCUGGCUCAGGACCGGUCCCGGGCUCUCUAUUGUCUCCUACACCCGUGUGUGUCACCAUAGUGACUUCUGCAAAGAUGUGUCCAGCACUGAGGUUCUUGGGGACCUACCCACACCCACAGUCCCAGGGUCCCUGCGCUGCCCACUCUGCCUUUCUAAAGAUGGCUGUAAGAAUGCACCCGAGCAUGUCUGCCCCACAGGCAGCUCACACUGCUACAGAGGAGUCCUCAGGCUCAGGGGAGAGGGCAUUGCCACCAGCCUGAAGGUACAGGGCUGCAUGCCACAGGCAGGCUGCAACCUGUUUGAUGGAACCAAGGUAAUUGGACCUAUAGAUGUGCUUGAGAACUGCGGCCCCCAGUCAGCUGCAGAGGCUCUGAAAUGCCAGCAUGGGGCAUUGGAGAUCACAAGGGAUGUAUCGCAGCUGCCGCUCCAAUGGACAGCUGGCCAGACAACCUAUGGUGUUGGUGAAGGCUGCCAAGACACGCUGCUGAUGAUAGAGAAUGGGGAGAAGGUGAAUUUGGUUCUCACCAAGGGCUGCACGACUGCUGAGGACCAAGAGGCCAAAGUCACAGAGCACAGGACUGGCCCGGGGCUGUCUGUCACCUCCUACACCAUGUGCCACCUAGGACACCUCUGCAAUGGCCUGUCUACCACAGCCCCUCUUUGGGCUCCACCCCCUGUGACAAUCCCAGGAACCACACGCUGCCCACUCUGCUUUUCUACCCAUGGCUGUGAGAAUCCACCCAAGCAGGUCUGCCCUGCAGGCAGCACACACUGCUACAGUGGAGUCCUCAGCCUCAGGGGAGGGGAGAUCAUCUCCAAUCUGAGGGUGCAGGGCUGCAUGUCCCAGCCAGGCUGCAAUCUGUUCAAUGGCACCCAGACAAUUGGACCCAUGUAUGUACGUGAGGACUGCAGUCCUCAGAAAGGUACUCUGACCUGUUACAAGGGGAUCAUGAGGAAAUCUGGCAGUGGCUUUGCUGAAACAGCUGUAGCGUGGUCUGCACCGUCGACCCUGGUGUGUGAACCUGAGGAGUUAUGUCAGGAGACUCUCCUGCUGGUGGACGUAGGACCAAAAACACUCCUAAUAGGGAGCAAAGGCUGCAUCAGGCCUGGGGCAGAGGACAGUGCCGGUGUCUCCAUACACUCCCGGCCCCCUGGAAUACUGGUGGCUUCCUAUUCACGCUUCUGUUCCUCCAACCUGUGCAACGAAGCCAGCAGCAGCAGCAUCCUGCUGAGCCCCCUCCCUCGUCCAACUGUCCUUCCCCCUAGAGACCUGCAGUGUCCAGUGUGUGUGGAGUUAUUUGGAUCCUGCUUCAAUGACACCAACUUUGUGGCCUACCCUCAGGGUAACACUCACUGUUAUAAUGGUGACAUUGUGCUCCAGGGAGGUGGCCUGUCUUCCACAAUGAGCAUUCAGGGAUGCAUGUCCUCACCUGGUAAAACUUUACUGGGGGACUCCAAAACAAUUGGGAUCUUCUCUGCAAAGGAACUCUCUGAGGAGGAAAAUGAUGAAAAGCCUCUGGAUGGAGGUGCCUCAGCCCCUUCCCUCGCCUGGGUGUUAGGGCUGGGGGAGUUACCUUUACCCUUCAUCCAAUUCAACAACACCACAGUCAAAGAACUGGAUCCUGUGUUCCUGACCUGCUCCUUUCAUAUUCCACACUACAAUGCCUUGAGAUAUAACUCCAUCCGAUGGCUCCUCAAUGGCCAGAGUUUGGAACUCACGAACAGGAUGAAGCUGUCCCAGAAGAACAGCACCCUCACCAUAGACCCUGUCUUUAGGAAGGAUUCUGGGGAGUACCAGUGUGAGAUCUACAAUUUUCAGAGUUCCAAGAGGAGUGAUGUCAUCCAGCUGGACAUAAUAGGUCACAAGAAGAAAAACAUGACUCAAGAUACAAACACAUCUCUUCCACCACUGCCCAAGUCACUGUUGAAGCAGUUCCACCCCAUGUUGCUGAAGGGGACAAUGUCCUUCUACUUGUCCACAAUCUGCCAGCGACACUCCAAGCCUUUUACUGGUACAGGAGAGAAACUGAUGUUGAGAGGAAUAAAAUUGCAGGAUAUCUAA